AUGAAGUACGAUGACGUGUUCGAAAUCAAGCUUUCUGAUAAUGAAUAUGUUUUGAAGUUAAGGCCUGGUGUUCGUGAAUUUCUUGACAUGGUUAGUUCGAUGUUUGAGUUGUCAAUCUUUACGAUUGGUUAUCGUGAGUAUGCUCAUAAAGUGGUUGAAAAACUCGGUGGUUUUUCGAGGUUUUCGUGUGUGAUUGCUAGAGAAGAUUGUUUGCAGAAGAGGCAAAAGACUUUGGAUUUGGUUUUAUCACAUAAACAAAGGGUUUUGAUAGUUGAUGAUAUGGAACAAGUAUGGGAGAAAUGUUGCAAGGAAAAUUUGAUAAAAAUAAAAAGUUAUGAUUUCUUUCCACUAAAGGAAGGAAUAGUAGUGGAGAAUAAGAUGGAUAAGGAGCUUUCUAGGGUUUUUGAAAUGUUAAGAGAGGUUCAUAAUGUGUUUUAUGAUGGUAAUAAUGAUGAAGAUUAUGGUGUUAAAGAUGCAAGGGAAGUGCUUAAAAGGGUUUUGAUUAGUCGAGGAUUAAGUUGUGUGAGUCAAGAACAAUAUGAAGAAUUAGAGGAUCAAAAAAGUGUUGAAGUGUGUAGGGUGAAGAGGUUAAAAAUCAAAUUUAAUGGUGCAUGGUUGGAAAAAUCCAAUAAAAAGAUUAGAUUGUUUGGGUGAAGAACGAGUUAACAACGAAGAUCAAAAGAAGAUAGACGAAUCUAAAGAAGGAGCAAGUGUAGCAAUCACGAGCAGGCCGAAGAGGUUAAGAAUUAAAUUUAAUGGUGUGAUUCAAGAAACUUGUUGUGUCCCCAAAAGUAAAAAAUUCAGGAAGAUACAUGAAGUGACCAGUUCUUCAUGUUUAGUAUAGCUAAACUAGCUUAGUAUUGUAUCCAAAUUAGUUAUAGAUUGAAGUCAUAUAUGUUGUGCAAAUCGAUCAAGCAUAAUGUAAUAAUGUAAUGUUCGAUCUUAAUUAUUAGUCCCUCUAGGGUUGAGAAGGCCCUUCCUAGAAGGUA